UUUAUUUAACCGUGCACUCGUGGCACUAAUAUGAACUUUGUUUACAUUCGACGUCGCAGCAUUUUAAUAAAACUUCGAGUUUUGGCGAUAUUGAAUAAGUGAAUAUUGUCUCCUUGAUUUGCUUUAUAAUAUGGACUUGUUGCUGCUCGCUGGAAUAGCGAUUGCGUUAUUGAUCGUUCUUCUAACAUUGUAUUAUUUCUCCCAGGAUAAGGCAUCUAAAGUAGCAGAUCAUGUCCGUCGAGAAGAUGAGGCCAACGUGCCGCGUCGUGUUCAGGUGGUUCGUAAUCAACGCAACCGAGCUCGCGUUGCAGCUGUAGCACGACCUGCUGCCGAGGAAGAUGCUUCCGAUGGUGACGAAAUUCCUCAUGCAGCUCCAGAUUUAGGCAAUGAAAAGAUGGGGGCAAAAAAACGAGCAAAACUGGAAGCUAAAGCCGAGAAAAAAGCUCAACGAGAGCAAGAACUCAAAAUGCGGGAGGAGCAAAAGAAAAAAGAUGCCCUUGCUGAGGAAAGUCGGCUACGUCUAGAAGAGAAAGAGCUUGAAGAAGAAAAAAGGAAACAAGAAGCUGAACAAAAGGCAAGAGAGGAACAAGAAAGAAAGGAAUAUGAAGAAUAUCUUCAGAUGAAGGAAGGAUUCAGCGUUGAAGAGGAAGGAUUUGACCAGGAAGAAGAAGACGAUAAACAAAGUAUGCUUCAAGAGUUUAUUAAAUACAUAAAGGACAAUAAAGUAAUAGUUCUCGAAGACUUGGCCGUUCAUUUUAAGUUGAAAACACAAGCGGUCAUUGAUAGAAUUUAUGAAUUGCAGAAAGAAUGUCGUCUUAGUGGUGUCUUCGACGACAGGGGGAAAUUCAUCUAUAUAUCGGAAAAGGAACUUAUUUUAGUUGCUAAGUUUAUUAAACAGCGCGGUCGAGUUUCGAUAACCGAACUUGCUGAAAAUAGUUGUAAUUUAAUAAAUCUUACUCCAGUUGCGGUAGAUGAUGUAUAAAAUGAGUAAGUUAUGGUUCAAUGUUUUGUGAAUACAUAUGUUUAUUAUUUA